CCUGGCGGAAGUGGCGCGGACACAGCCGGAAGUGGCGAGUGAGCUGUUUCGUUCAAAGGAUGGACGAGGAGAGCUUAGAAGCCCGUAUUAACCGGGCCACAAACCCUCUAAACAAGGAACAAGACUGGGAAGAUGUUCAGGCUUUCUGUGAUCAGUUGAAUCGAGAGCUUGAAGGGCCCCAGCUUGCAACCAGGCUUUUAGCCCACAAGAUACAAUCUCCACAGGAAUGGGAGGCCAUGCAAGCUUUGACGGUCCUAGAGGCAUGCAUGAAAAACUGUGGCAAGCGUUUUCACAGCGAGGUUGGAAAAUUCCGGUUUCUGAAUGAGCUGAUAAAAGUCGUUUCUCCAAAGUAUCUAGGCACUCGUUCUCCAGAAAAGGUAAAGCUGAAGAUUCUGGAACUGUUGUACAGCUGGACCCUAGGACUUCCAGAUGAAGUAAAGAUAUCGGAGGCAUAUCAGAUGCUAAAGAAACAAGGUAUAUUGAAAGAAGAUCCCAAGCUACCAACUGAUGCAAUGAUCCCCCCUCCCCCUCCUAGACCUAAGAAUGCCAUAUUUGAUGAUGAUGAUAAGUCUAAGAUGUUAGCCCGACUACUGAAAAGUUCCCACCCAGAAGAUCUGCGAGCUGCUAAUAAAUUGAUUAAGGAAAUGGUCCAAGAGGAUCAGAAACGUAUGGAAAAAAUCUCUAAAAGAGUUAACGCUAUCGAGGAAGUGAACAACAAUGUGAAGCUACUGAGUGACAUGCUGAGCACGUAUAAAUCAGGGCAAACAUCGGAGGGGAGCGAGGACUUAAUGAAGGAGCUGUAUCAGCGUUGUGAAAAAAUGAGGCCCACACUAUUCCGUCUGGCCAGUGACACAGAAGACAACGAUGAGGCCUUGGCGGAAAUCUUGCAAGCUAAUGACAGUUUGACACAGGUGAUCAAUACGUACAGGGAGCUGGUGAAAGGAGAGGAGAUCAAUGGUGAUACUGCAUCCAACAGCAUGCCAGCCAGCUCCUCUGCAUUGCUGGAUCUUUCAGGAUUGGACAUGGCCUUUGCUGGUGCUCCUUCAUAUCCUUCUGUUCCAGCCAUGCCCUUGCAGCCUUCUUCUGGUCCCCCUUUACAGCAUACCGCAUCCACGUCCAUAUCAUUACUUGAUGAUGAGCUCAUGUCCCUUGGUUUAAAUGAUCCUGCUCCCUCCACACAACCUUUAGAGUCAUCCACAUGGACUAUUUUCCAGUCUUCAGAAAGUACGAAUCCUGCUUUAAAUGAAAAAGGAGCUUCCUCGCUUCCACAACAGUGCCCACAGGGUAGUAAAGCCCUGGAGGAUUUAGAUCUACUAGGAAAAACUCUUCUACAACAGUCCUUGCCGCCCAGUGGUCCCCAAGUACGAUGGGAAAAACCCCAGCAUAAACCAACUCUGCGAGAUCUUCAGUGUAAAACUGUUCCUGUCGCACAGCCUGCAGCUGUACUUGGGACCCUUCAGCCACUUGGUGGAGAGCAGCUUGCACAUUCCCCUGUGAAGACAGAAAUUUCUCUGGCAAAUGUCCAUGUGCCUCUGGAUUCCAUUAAACCCAGUAGUAUACUCCCAGUAACCGUAUAUGAUCAGCAGAGUUUUCGGGUACUUUUUCACUUUGCUCAGGAUCCCCCUGCGGGGAGGCCGGACAUCCUUGUGGUUGUGAUUUCCAUGUUAAGUACAGCCCCGCUCCCUGUCACUGGAAUCAGCUUCCAGGCUGCUGUGCCUAAGACCAUGAAGGUGAAGUUGCAACCAGCAUCUGGGAAUGAGCUCCCUCCAUUCAAUCCCAUACUGCCUCCAUCUGCGGUCACUCAGGUGCUGCUGCUGGCUAAUCCCACCAAGGAGAAGGUGCGUCUACGAUACAAACUGACCUACACCCAGGGGGAGCAAGCCUUUGAUGAGAUGGGAGACAUAGAAGACUUCCCACCAGUUGAGAAGUGGGGGAACCUCUAGAGCAUGACCAAGAAAAACCGAUGGCAAGCGGUGCAGAAACUUUACUGGCAUAAAGUGACUGCGCCUCCUCACUUUACUUGGAAGAUCCACUCCCAUAGGUGGCGUCCAGCAAAUGUAGUGCAGAAAUGACUAUGAUGGGCACACCUUGAACUGCAGUAGAUACAUCAUCAUGAAUUAAUGUGGCUGCUCUUUAGUGAGAUUCUUUUAUGUUUAUCCAGAACUGUCUUACUUUCUGCUGUUAAUGGAUACCCCUGGGGGUACAUGAAUUGCCACCAGGUACCAGAGUAAUUGGUAGGUUACUCUAAGGAAAGAAAAUCCACUUUUUAACAGUUGCCCCAUACUUUUUAUAUGAGGCUUUUGCUCUACCCAUCCUUUCUAGUUAUAUUUUGAAAUGGUCUAGUACCUCCAGUGGGGCCUUUCCUGAAACCUGUCCUUUUACCUCAGAAGAAAUACUCACCAAAUAUUGUCGGUAGUACAAAAAGCUUCCUCUUGCAUAAGACUUAACUUGUUUUCACUUCCUGCUUGUUUUCUCCUUUCUUUCUCUGCACAUAAACAUGAUUUCUCAGUCUC